GGUAAUGAUGGCUAUGUGAUUGGAAAAGGUCUCAAUGAUAAAAUGAGAGACUUUGGUCUUUAUCUACGUAGCUCAAAAAGUACAAUCUGGCUAGCAUAUGGAUCUGAUGAUAAAGGUGUUGGAUUCCGUGGUAUUAUAUUCUUUUAUGAUGUUAAUGUUGCUGAUGGGAAUGAGCACUCAGUGACAGCAGUCAUUGAUGGUUCUGCUAACAGUGCAUCUCUUUAUAUUGAUGGAGUAUUGAGAGGAUACCAGUGCCCAUUGCCAGUCAAACCAGCCUUCAGACCUGAUUAUAACAUUCUCUAUGUGGGUGGCAGACCAGGUACUAAAAGAUUUCAAUUCAAAGGUUCCAUCAGAAACCUCUUCAUUGGAUCUGGUGCUUUCCAGUAUGACAAUGUCAAGCAGUUACAUGAUGAUGCAUUUGAUGGUGACAGCUCUCUUAGUCUUGAGACAACAGACACUCAAUAUUGUUUACCAUACAUUAGUAGUAAUGAGAGGUGUAUUGUUGGAAAUAAUAAUGAUUUUAGGUGUCAUCAUACCCAAGUUUGUGUUCCUGAUUUUGCUGCUAGUGUAGCUAAACAGUUACCAAUUCAAGGAGCUAGUUUUCAUCUUUAUGGUGUGUGUCUCACUCCCUGUGAUUGUGAUAAUACUGUCAGUUAUGAGUGUGGGAUUGAUGGUAAUACUUAUCUUAAUUCCUGCAUGAGGGUCUGUGUUAAUGUACUGAAACUUCAUGAUGGUCAGUGUUUCAAUUAUGCACUAGCUUAUGCAGCUUGUAAUGAAACCUUCUCUAGUCAAUAA